UGUAAGUGACGUGUCCGUAUCAGUACUACAAGAAGCGCAUCCAGAGCGUCAAUUACUUUGUUUGUAUACCGUGGGAAUAUGUCAGCCUCCUGAACGGAAAAGCUUAUCGCUAUCGCUAUCGCGAUUGCUGCAGGACCUCCACAGCGACAACUCGUUUGUGCCAACAAUAGUCGACACUCGGAUCUAUCGUCUUUAGUACUGUGCAUAGCCUAGUUAUUCAAACAGAAUGGGUACUGCGAGGACAUCAUCCUCCAGACAACAGAUCACUACUGCCCCAUCACCUGCAGAUCAUACUCGAAUUCCAUACACAUCUGCGUCGAAACGAAAGCGAAACGCCGACGAAAAGGCCAGUGUCGCAUCCACAUCUGCGAAACGUAAUCGUAGAAAUGGGGGCGAUCAUCCAGCGAUUCCUACGGACCCGAAGGAUGUGAUCGAUUUGACUAGCGACUCGCCUGUUGCUAGUCCACAAAAGAGGACCUCAAGUGCAAAGAUGAAGCAAUCACCAGGCGAGGGGAUACCUGAACGUCGGGCUCGAGUCUUUCGCCGUAAGCCACCACAAACGUUCUUACAGCGAUUGAACCGUGCAACAACUCAGAGGAUGUUCGUCCUAGGACAUAUUGUCACGGGCGCUGAUGAUAUUCCUGAGAUGAGCUUUGACAUUGCUGGGACAACUGGAAACAUCUACAAGACAGUUAUCGGGAAGGAGCCGACCUGCACCUGUCCGGAUGCUCGAAAAGGAAAUCAAUGCAAGCAUAUUUGUUACGUCCUAGUCAAUGUCCUCAAAGCUCCGCAACAUCUACAGUAUCAGUUGGCAUUCUUAUCUAUGGAGCUUCGUGAGAUCUAUGAAGGAUCAUUUCUGAGUCGUGAGCAGACCAAAGUUGACGAUGACAACGGUGGUAAUAGGAAGGCCGUUGAAGGAGAUUGUCCAAUCUGCUUCAUGGAGUUUGAACCUGACAGAGAGGAGAUCGUCUGGUGUCGAGCGGCCUGCGGAAAUAAUAUCCACAAAACAUGCUUCCAACAAUGGGCUGUCUUACAGAAAUCUCAAGGUGUCCGCUGCGUUUUUUGCCGUUCCCCAUGGGAAGCAGAUACCAGCGACGUGAAUCUGGAGCAGCUCAGAGCCCAGGGGCAAACAACUGCAGAAGGAUACAUCAAUGUGGCUAGUCAGCUAGGCCUUUCCGGUCAACGCGACUAUUCGACAUAUCAUCCUUUCUGGGUCUCCCAACAAUUGUAUCCUUAUGGUUCGCGUAGACGCAGACGUUAAAACAUUGACGGAGAUGGGGUCGUGGAGUACUAGCCAUCCGAUGCAUAGCCCACUAGGGUUUUGCAGCAGCUGUGGUGUCCAGUGAGAAGUUUGUUACCUAUUGGAAGUUGUGUGGGCGUUUGAAAUUUAUUGCUUUUCAGGACUGGCUAGAUACCCAGAAGUUAUUGUUAAC